AUGCCACUGCAGAAGGGUAUCGACCUCGAAUUUUUUAAACACCUGAAGCAGGACCUCACAGUCGACGACCAGGAUUCGGCUUAUCUUUUGGAAAAUAACCUCGUUGGCGGCCAGAUCCGGACUCAGAACAAGUUGGCCCUUGACCUUAAGGGAGGAAAUUUCGUGUUGAAGACAUACAUCUACCCGGCUCUCAAGGCCCUUGCGACCGGGAAAUCGAUCAAGACAUUGAUGUUUGACUCCGUUUAUCGUCUGUGCAGGCAGAACCCAUCCCUGGAAGCUCCUCUCCGUGUGCUUGAGGAGUAUGUUGACUCCAAAGGCCCCAACAGCACUGCGUCUCCCAGGCUGCUUUCUUGCGACCUGAUUGAUCCCAGCAAGUCGCGUGUCAAGAUCUAUAUACUAGAGCUUAAUGUUACAUUGGAGGCAAUGGAAGAUUUAUGGACACUGGGAGGCCGAUUGAACGAUGCAGCAACCCUGGCGGGCCUCGAGAUGGUGCGGGAACUCUGGGAUCUUGUCAAACUUCCACCUGGACUUCGAGAUUACCCCGAGCCGUUCUUGCAACUGGGUACAAUCCCCGAUGAGCAACUUCCCCUGAUGGCCAACUAUACGCUUCAUCAUAACGAAGCCAUGCCUGAGCCACAGGUAUACUUCACAACCUUCGGCCUGAACGAUGGCCGCAUAGCUGAAGGGCUUGUGACCUUCUUCGAACGACGUGGCUGGGACCACAUGGCUCGGACGUACAAAGACAGUCUGCGCGCCUAUUACCCGCACGCGGAUCAAGAGACUCUUAAUUACCUGCAUGCCUAUAUCUCCUUUUCCUACAGGAAAGGAACCCCAUAUCUCAGCGUCUAUCUUCAGACCUUCGAAACCGGAGACUGGCCGAUCUCCAACUUUGGGAUUCCGGUGGUAAAGCCUCUCCGUAGCAAUGUAGGAUGCCAGCAUCCGAUUUCGUUUAGCAUUCCAAUCACCAAGGCCCCGCUCUUGGGUGUGUAA